AUGUCUUUGGUCGCCGGUUACAGCUCCGAAUCCGAUUCAGAUUCCGCAGGAAACCUCAAUGGAUCUACAGUAGAGAAUUAUAAAUUGACAAGUUCAAGUAGUGAUGCCAGAGGCAGAGGACACUCUGCAAAUGAGCUUAAUACAGAUGCAGAAAAUGUCAAGGUCAAAAGAGGUCAUAAUGGACAUGAAGAGUUGAUUCAUGUUGACAAACGUAGGAAACGCAAAGGGAAAGGUCCUUGGGCGUCUUGGUCAUCUUCUGAGGAAGAUGAGGAAGAUGCAAGUGCUGAUCAGGCUAGCCUCGAACGCAAGGCUAGCACAACAGAUACAAUCUAUCGAGAACAAGACAUCGAAAUACAGGAGCCAGACGACGACUCUAGUACUAUCCUGGAGAAAAGUAGCUUUUACGGAACUUCAGUGGUAGACUAUCAAGGCCGGGGCUUUUUACAUCCUCCUAUGGACGUUAACGUCGAUUUCACAAAAGAUCAACUGUCUUCGCGCAACUACCUGCCGAAAAGACUAAUACACACAUACCAGGGCCAUCAAAAUGGUACCAAUGUGGUACAAACACUGCCGCGUACGGGCCAUUUAUUUUUGUCAGGUGGUAAUGACAACAAGAUCAAGAUCUGGGACAUGUAUCACGAUCGGCAAUUGUUGCGAGACUACUCCGGUCAUACCAAAGCUGUUCGGGAUGUGAAUUUCAAUAAAGACGGAUCUGAAUUCGUUAGCGUGUCUUUCGACCAGCAAAUGAAAAUUUGGGACACUGAGACCGGUAAGGUCAAACAUAGAUAUAAAUUCGCGAGCACGCCCAAUUGUGCCGAAUUUCGUCCCUCCGAUUCUAGCGAGUUGAUUGUGGGACUUUCCAAUAAUGAAAUAAGACAUUAUGACUUAAGAAUCCCGCAUAAACAAGGUCUGGUGCAGAUUUAUGAUCAUCAUCUAUCGGCUAUUAUUGCAUUGAAGUAUUUCCCUGAUGGAUCGAAACUUAUCUCUUCCUCUGAGGACAAGACCAUGCGCAUUUGGGAGAACCAAGUUAAUAUUCCCAUUAAGCAAAUAAGCGACACUGCUCAGUAUUCAAUGCCUUACAUUGACAUCCAUCCGGAGCACAAUUAUUUCGCGUCUCAAAGCAUGGAUAAUGCUAUUUAUGUAUUUUCCAUGAAACCCAAGUAUAAGCGGCAUCCAAAAAAGAGAUUUGAAGGUCAUAAAUGCGCUGGUUUUGGUAUCGGCUUCGGGUUUUCACCAGAUGGUCAGUUUAUUUCUUCGGGAGAUACCCAAGGCCGAGUUUUUAUAUGGGAUUGGAAAACAACUCGAUUAUUGAAACAGCUUGAAGUGCCUGACAAGAAAGCCAUCGUCACAGUUGCAUGGGCGCCGCAAGAAACAAGCAAAAUGCUUUGCGCUGGCAAUGGCGAGAAAAUAUAUUUGUAUGACUAA